AUGGGAGCCGCCGGUGUGGGCAAGACGGCUCUGAUCCAACAACUUCUGUAUGACCGCUUUGAGCACAGGCACCGGCGUACAGUUGAAGAGGUGUACUGCCUGGAGCCAGACCCAGAGCUCCUCCGUCUCCGUCUGGAGAUCAUGGACACCAGUGGCAGUUACUCUUUCCCAGCCAUGCAGAAGCUGCGCAUCCAGCAAGGAGACGCCUUCGCCCUGGUCUUCUCCCUGGCUGACCUGGAGUCUUUCCAGGAGGUCGAGCGGCUGCGGCAAGAGAUCCUGAGGAUCAAGGGGGAGAACGACGUGCCCAUAGUGGUGGUGGGCAACCAAACUGACCGUUUCCCAGGACUGGAAUGGGGAGACCGGGCAGCUGUUGGCGGUGCAGGCUGCCGCCACCGCCGAGCUGGAGUGGGACUGCGGCUACGUGGAGACCUCAGCCAAGGCCAACCACAAAGUGCAGGACGUGUUUGA